UAAUUUCGUUUAUUUGUGAUUGUAUAACUAUCAUGGCUGCGCCCAUGGCCACAAGUCCUGAAACGUCUUCAAGCGAGGACGAGGAAGAGAAUGCAAAAUUUAAGGAAGCCGUGUUUGAAAUCCCAAUUGGAAAACAAGUUCAAGUAAAGACAGACUUCCAUCAAACGAAUGAUAAAGAAAGGAUACCUUCUAAAAGACCAGAUAAAGACAUUUCUGAUGCAGACCAGUUUGACAAUGCAUAUAACACAACACCUGGCUUCAGAAAACAUGUGUCCAAAAAAUUAUCAGAGGCUUUAGACAGUGUGAUUGAUACCAGUUGUGAAUAUUUUGGUAAAAGUGUUGACAAUGCAGAAGAGGACUCGGGUAAGUCUGUGAGUUAA